AUGACUAAUGAGGAUAAACAACGUGCUGCUACUGCCGCUGCAGCAGCGGCGGCAGCAGGUAGUUUUCUGCUGUCCAGUCGCUCAUCCGGCAACGGUCCAUGCCUAGUUCCACCACCACCAAACCCCAUCACUGGUUUGUUAGGCAGUUGCGGUGAGUUCCCUGGCUUUCCUGGUGCAUUCCCACUUAGCGCAGGCGUAGGGGGUACAGAUAUCGGUAGAUCUCUCUCGUCAGUCCCACCUCUUUCUCAACAACCUUGUCGAAGUUCAUCCACGGAUGAUACCGGGGGCCGACAAAACAACUCGAGUGGCAUGCAGUUAGGAUCUUCUAAUUUCGCUGGCCUUCCUCAUUCUGGCUUAUCUGCAUUAACCAAUCCUUUGUUACUUCCCCCUCCAACAACUCCAACUACGCCCGGUGGGAAUUCGGCGCAAAGUAACUCAAAUCCUACAGGAGGUUCAGUUGUGGAUGAGAAAAGACGCAAGCUUAAUGACUCGAAGGAGAGUGGACAUGAAAAUGGUAACUGGCGAACAAAUGACGAUAUGCGCUCUGUUUCGGAAAGAGGUUCAAAUCCCUCGGGUGGUGGUCGUCGAAGUGGGAGCAAUCGUCAACCUCUCAAUCUCAGUCCUCAGCUCGGUUCUGGACACAGUAGUAUCUAUCCAACUACUUCAAGUGCACCUGCAGUUGGUUCGGGCAGUGUUAAUUCUGGACGUUCAUCUCAGACAUCUGAAGUUUCAUCUUUAACUCGAUGGAAGCAAUCAUCCAAAAAUACCCAGUCUGGACCGGGCGCAUAUUCAUUCAUUGUACUGCCUAACGGACAAACUCGACCAUGUGCAUUGGCUUCUGCCCCUGGAGCAACUACCGCUCAGGGUUUACCUCGUCGACUUCAGCACCUUGCCAGUUUACCUCAUGGUGACGUAGUUUGUGCUGUUACUUUGGGCCCGUGCCCAGUGGGGCGUGCUUCCUCUCUUGCUGCAUCUGAUCUUGGAUCUCGCAACGCUGGGAGUGAUACAGACAGUGUAAAUAUUGGCUCUCCAGGUUCAAAUGCUGCUGUCUCAAUUCCCUCUCACUUCGCCUACACUGGUGCUCGAGGCAGCGUCAAAUUAUGGGAUCUUGCGUCAAUUAGUGCUAGUUCAGCAAGUGCACCACUAGCAAAUAGAGAUAUAUCCCCACUUGCCACAUUCGACUGUUUAUGUUAUGACAGUUACGUUAGAUCCAUCAAACUUUUCCCGGAUGUCACUGGUCUCAUAGUUGGCGGUGAGUCUAAUGCACUUACUGUAUGGGAUUUAAAUGGUCCAGGACGACGGAAAGCCGAAUUAACUUUUGAAGCACCUGCGUGUUAUGCACUUGCUUUAUCCUUAGACGGGAAAUUAGCAUACAGUUGUUGCUCAGACGGUCAGGUCGCAGUGUGGGAUGUACAUAAUCAAAGUAUCGUUCAUCAGUUUCAUGGACAUAUUGAUGGUACAUCAUGCGUCGAAAUUACCCCAGAUGGUAAUCGAUUAUGGACUGGUGGUUUGGACCAUAAAGUUCGAUGUUGGGAUAUCCGUGGAAAUCCUUCACGGGAUGUCUAUCAUAUUGAGUUCAAAUCACAAGUCUUUUCACUUGGUUUAUCUUCACAUGUAACUUCUAGCAGUCGACAAGCUGAGUCUGUGUCUCCAGUGUCAGUGGAUGGAGAAUCUACUUCUAGUGGCGGUGGAGCUGGGGCAGGUAACCGAGAUGCAGCCAGUCCGCAGUCAUUCGUCAGUGGAAGUACUAAGUUAUCGUCAACAGAAAGUUGGCUAGCCGUAGGUUUGGAGUCAUCCGAAGUAGAGGUAUUGGCUAUCGGACCAGACGGGCCACCUGUUUCAGCAUUAUCCCUCAAUUACAAUAUGUCACGUGAUGAAUCUGGGAGUGGUAGUGGUAAUCCUUCCCCUAUACCUCAUCCUACUAGUUCCAACCAACCUCAACAUUUUCGUCUAACUCAUCAUGAAAGUUGUGUUCUCGCUUUAAGGUUUGCACAUCAUGCAGACUGGUUCCUUACAACAGGAAAGGAUCAUCAAGUCAAUGCAUGGCGCACUCCGUAUGGUGCCUGUCUACUGGAGACAAAGGAGGCUGCGUCAGUUUUAACGUGUGACAUAUCUUUGGAUGAUAAAUUUGUAGUUACUGGUUCUGGAGACAAACGUGCAAAUCUGUACGAAGUUAUUUUCGCAUCUCAACGAUAA